AAUGGCGAUUGCGUGCUUUUUGGUUUUAAUUGUUAGCGUGAUAGCGUCUAUAAAACGACGAGAUUAAAUCAAGAACAGUGAAUAUAUUAUGUUUUGUGACAAACGUAGUAAAUUUGUCAUGACAAUUAAAACUGCUUUAUUUGAUCUUCAGAAGUAGCACUAAUUCGAACGACUGUUUCGAUAUUAUUGUUCCAUCAGGAUUCAAAAUGUUAUCAGAUGAAUCAAGUAGUGAUUCAGAAACGGGCCGAUUCAAAUGUCAAACUAAUAAAGAUGAUGAUGCAAAAUCUCAUAGAAGAGAAGAAAAUACUAGCUCGGCUGGAAGGAGUAGGAAUGUUGAUGAGAGGUACAAUAGAGAAUUUGGUAGAAGAAGAAAUGAUAGGGAUAGGUUUGAUAGGCGCUCUAGAGAAAGAAAUAGGUACAGUAGAUAUUCACCAAUAAGACGUAGACAAUCAAGAGAUAGAAGUAGAGAAAGAAGAAAAGAGAGUGAUAGGUAUAGACCCAGUAGAGGCUCUAGGGAACGAACUAGACCCAAAGAGCAUAGUUUGAGUAGAGAUAGAAGAAGAAAAUCCAGAUCUGGAUCUCAUAAGUCCCCAGUACCAAGUAGAAAUAUAAGAGAUGAAAUAAAGAAUUUAAUUACUACUACUGAUAAAAAAUCUGAAAAGUAUGAGAGGAAUGUUGAUAAGGAAAGUUCAUUGUCUCCAAACCAUGUAGUGAAAAGGUCUGAAGUUCAUAAACCUACUACCCAAGAACAGUCUAAAAGAAAAAGUGACAGCCCUAUACUUGUAGAAGAAGAUAAUGACUAUAGUCAUGAUGAAGUUCAACCGGGGUCAUACUAUAGUAUGAUACCAGCAGUUGUCAAAGAUAAAUCGGAAGAAUCCAGUGAAAUUGAUUCAUCAGAUGAUGAAAAGCUUAGAGCUAAACUUUUAAACUUAGAAAAAGAGUUUCACAAAAGUAAAAAAAAGAAACAUAAAAAGAAACACAAAAAGAAGUCUAAAACAAAUAAGGAAAAGGAUGAUUCAUGUGUUUCAGUUGAAGUGACAAGUACAACAGAUAUUCAAGAAGUUAAUGAGCAGAAUACUCAAUCAACAGAAGUAUCAUCAACACAAAAGAACAAUCAAAAAGAGAGCAGUGAAGAAGGUGAGAUAUUAAGUGAAGAUGAUCAAGAUAUUGAUCCAAAUGACUUAAGACAUAAACUAAAACGCUCAAAAAAUGGGUCACAAGAAAAAAUGUCUCCAAAGCUAGAUGCUUGUGGACCAGCCUUACCUCCUCACUUACAAAAACGUUUUCGGAAAAGUUCUUCUCCUAGUGAAGCUAGUAAUGAGACAUCAAAGGCAGAAAGAGCCAGGAAUAUAGGGCCAAUAAUUCCAAGUGAUAUGCGUAAAGUAUUAGCUGAGAGAAGUCCAGAAAUAAUAAAAGAUGAGAGUUCAGAUGAAGAUACGGGUAUAGGCCCACUACCUACUGGUGCUGAAGAAAAAAUGACUGAUGCCCACAAACGUCUAGAAGAAAGAGCAUAUGAGUUGAAAAUAAAACAGCUUGAUGGACAUACACUAAAUGCAAAAGACACCAAAUCGCGAGAGCAAUGGAUGCUUGAAUUGCCGGAGGGAAAAACAAAAUUCCUUGGUUUGGAAGCUCGCGGUUUCAGAGCAAAAGAAGGCCCUGAUAUGUCAGAUAGGUCAAGUUGGACUGACACGCCGGAAGAGAAAGCGCGGAAGGCAGCGGGUAUCGCGAAAGAGGAAGACUCAGCGGAAGCGCUGCAAAGAGAGGCGAAAGAGCGGCACAUUUCUAGUAGAGAUGAAGAACAGGAACAAGCUGUUAGAAAACAUAAGAAAAAGCAUAAACGCGAUGAAAGCUUGUUGGAAAUUCAUCAGAAAAAAUUGAAAAAGAAGAAGAAGAAAGAAAGCGAGGAUAAGAAGGAACGUCGUCCAUUUAGCCGAGACGUAGACCUUCAAGUCAAUCGUUUCGACGAAGCACAAAAGAAAUCUAUUAUCAAGAAAGCACAAGAUCUAAAUACACGGUUUUCUAGUGGCGAAGCAAAAUUUUUAUAACAAAUAACACAUAAAUUCGUACUCGAUUUGAAUGUACGAAAAUAAACAAACACUUAAUUUGUAUAUUAUGGUCUAAGCGAGGAAUUGAUACAUAGAAGAAACAAUAUAAAUCCUAUGAAAACUUUAUACUGCCAUACACGCCUACGUAAUAGCAAAUCAUGAAAUGAUUUAACAUUAUUAAAAUUAUGAUCUUGCAAUCAAUGACGUACAAUAAACAACUAAACAGACAAACACGCUCAGAAAAUGUCCGAAGUAAAACUGUGCCUUCACAUUUAUUGGGUAGAGUUUUCUAGUGAACAUCUAUAAUAGUCCAGGAUCCUUCGCCAAUUUUUGCACGUGAUUACUAUCAAGAUAAUUAUCCUUGAGUAGCUUUAUUUUGAUGAGACGCCCAAUAAUUUCCUGUACGAAACUCUCGAUUGUGGUAGCUAACAGAGGUAACAAGGAU